AUGGAAUAUAAGGACUACGUGACGAGCCCACUUUUAGUUUUUGAUAAGGUUCAUGGUGGCUCUGAAGAAUUUAACAAAAUCGAUUUCUUAGUUGAGAUACAAAAUGUCUUGCGGAAUCAUUCUUCUAAGGUUCCAUUAUUUGGGAACGUGUCCUUAGAACAAAUUCCUGAUGGACAUUUGGUGCGCGUUGUUGGAAUGGUUCAGGAUAUGUUCAAUGCAGAGUUGUUUAUGGACUCAUUUCGCCUGUCGGCAAAUGACAACACUACCAGAGUAAAGGAAAGUGAGUAUACUUCGCCAAUUACAACAUCAGGUCAGAAACGUCAUUUAAAUGAACCUACAGAAGUAAUACAUAAGAAGCCGAAAUCCACAGCGAUGGAAACUAAUCCAAAUCAAGUGAAACCUCGUAAACAUUUUCCUUUAAUCGAAGAAGAAAAUAAUGAUCAAAAAAUUGGGGCUUUAUUACGAGUAUAUGAUACAGUACAAACUCAAUUGAAAAUCAAUGAUAUUGUUGAAGUUUAUGGUAUAUUGGAACAUGCACGCCUUUGUGAUGCAUUACCAGAAGAUUCAUGUGAACCAGAAGAGAAAUGUAAUGAACCUCUACCUCGAAUACAUGCUCUUAUAGUUCAUUCAUUAACACAUAAUAAUCCUCUUGUAUGUAAUAAUACUUCAAUUAUAUCAAUUAACAAGAAUGUUAAUGAUAUUCAAUUGAUUCGUAUAAAAUUAAUGCAAAUCCUUACUACAUUAUUUAAUGGUGAUCAAAUUGUAGCUGAAUAUGUACUUUUACAUCUGAUAUCAACCCGCUUAACUAUAGAUUCACAAUAUCCUAAUCAUUUACCAGCUAUGAAUGUGUAUGCCAGUCGUUCAAUUGCAACAAAAUCAUCAUCAAAUAAUAUUGAUAAGUAUUUACUAUCUGAACUAUACAAUCGUUUGCAUAAUUUCUUACCACAAUUAAUUACACAUUUAGCUACUGUAAACCUUACAAUAAAAUCACUUAAUGAUGGACCAUGUUUAUUCCCUAUUCGUGAUAUGAAUAAAGGUCAUUUAAAUCCUGGACGUUUACAAUUACCACAAGGGACUGAAAUACUUAUCAAUGAAUUAGAAAUGGAUUCCGGUCAAUUACAACAGAAAGGCUUAUUAAAUUUUCAAGCUUUAAGUUCUGUAGCUAUUAAUCAACGUUUAUUAUAUGAUUUUCAAUUUUACACACAAGAUUGGGAUACAAAUGUACGAGUACUAAUUCUGUCUAUUGUACCGUCGUUAAUUAAAUCUACUUUAUCAUUACCAUGGGAACCGGAAUCUUUUGACAAUAUAGAAAAUGAUGUUCAUAGCAAUAUUUCUGAAAGUGAAUUAGAUGAUAUGCGUAAAUAUUUGACAAUAUUAUCACUUAGUAAUGAAAAUUAUUCAAUGGAUUCUGAAUUACAAGAGCGAAUCAAUCAAGAUUUUGUUCAAUGGCGCAGGGAUAAGUCAACAUAUAUAGAAGCCGAUGAAUUUGCAAUUAUGCUGUGUUUACUCAGAUUUCAUUGUCUAACUUAUGGAUUGCAAUCUCCCACUCUUGAACAUUGGUUACAUAUUGUUGAGUUGGAAUCAAAACGAAAGUCAAGAAUUGCGUUAUCCAAAUUGCAAACCUCAUAG